CUUGUAAUAAGUGAAACUUACGCGAGCUUUAUUUUUGAAAGCUCCGUUGAUAAUCAAUUCCAAUUUAAUUAACUUAUAUUUGGAGCUUCAAUCCAUCGUUUUCCCCUCCACAUCGAAAUCACAAACUUUACUGGUUUUUCUUUAUCAAUCAAUUACAGUCUAAAAACCCGCUCAAAGUAAAGAGGUGUUUUGGUUGUUGAUGCGUCGAAAGUGAUGAAAUUUAGUCUGUUAAAUGCUAUUGAAGGUUGGAUAUUCUUUGAGAGUAUAAUUGAAUCAAAGGUAUUUUGUGUUAGGGCCUAAAAUGCCAGCUGCUGCUCUAACGAAACUGAACCCUACUGUUUGUUCUGGCUUUACGAGAGUUUGUAAUUCGACAAGGUUUUUCGGACAAGGAAAACUCUUGUUGGGGAAAUCUAGGUCAUCUGAGUUUUUGCCAUAUUCAAUUCGGUUGUUAUCUGAGACCUCGGGGUUUAAUUUAAGUGGGCCUUGUGAGAGGAGUUCUAUGGCUGCUUCUGGUACUAAAGCUGUUUUUGGAGAUGUUUACAUUGAUGAUUUAGUUUCAUGUUGUAGUAAUGGCUUAGACUUCACAAAACCUAGUAGUGUUUAUUUCAAUGACAGAAGUCAGAACCGAUGUCGAAAAGCUAGUGUGAGUUUGAGAAAACAGGAAUUACCAAGGAAUGGGCUUCUUUGUGGGUAUUUUGUUUUUGAUUCUGUGAGAAAGACUUGGAACUCUAAUAUUCUUGUUGGCCCAUGGUUGAAAAAUAUUCACACCUCCUCUUCUGUGUGCUUUUCUGCUGGGGCUGCUCAUGAUGUGUCAUUUGAUGGAGGUUCUCAUGAUGAACAGCUUGGGAGUUCCUCUAUUGCAUCUGACGAAACUAUUCUAGGAGAGAGACACUUGAAGCUACUUUCAGGAUCAUGUUACUUGCCACAUCCUGCUAAAGAAGAAACAGGUGGAGAGGAUGCUCACUUUAUUUGUGUAGAUGAGCAAGCCAUUGGUGUAGCAGAUGGUGUAGGGGGAUGGGCAGAUGUUGGUGUUGAUUCAGGAGAAUUCGCCCGUGAACUUAUGUCGCAUUCAGUGACGGCGGUUCAAGAUGAGCCCAAGGGUGAAAUUGAUGCUGCAAGGGUGUUGGAGAAGGCCCACUCAAGCACGAAAGCCAAGGGUUCAUCAACAGCCUGCAUCAUUGCCCUUACAAGCAAGGGAAUACAUGCAAUUAAUCUGGGAGAUAGUGGAUUCAUUGUGGUUAGAGAUGGAUGUACUAUCUUCCAGUCUCCAGUGCAGCAGCAUGGCUUCAAAUUUACAUAUCAACUAGAGAGUGGCAAUACUGGUGAUCUACCCAGCUCUGGUCAGGUUUAUACAAUUCCUGUUGCCCCGGGUGAUGUCAUCGUUGCUGGAACGGAUGGAUUGUUUGACAACUUGUAUAAUAGUGAGGUCACUGCUGUUGUUGUUCACACAGUACGUGCUGGCUUAGGACCCCAAGUGACAGCUCAGAAGAUAGCAGCUUUGGCACGUCAACGAGCACAGGAUAGGAACAGGCAGACACCAUUUUCAACUGCUGCUCAAGAUGCUGGAUUCCGCUAUUAUGGUGGCAAGCUUGAUGACAUAACUGUUGUUGUGUCUUACAUAAGUAGCUCCGAUAAUGUCUGAGUCUGUUCAACAAAGUCAUCGUGUCUAUUAUCGACCUUGUAGAUGUUCUUAUAUUCUUUUUCGCUGACCAGUAGUGCUUGGGAGGCCAUUAAUCCUGUUCUAUUUAUGCCGAAAUCUUGUUGAGCAAACUGUAUUUCACAGUGCUUCAUUACAUUCAUUUGAUUAUCCGAAGUUUUGAUCUUCAUUGGUA